AUGGAGUAUAAAGUUGUAUCUCAUCAAUCUCUCCCUCUGCAAUUCACACCGCACCACCGUCAAAUACCUCCGGCUUCCAUCCGCAUUGUCUUAACCAUUAACGUCGGCUACAUCACCGCCGCCGCCGCCCACCCUUUCUUCUCGCAACGAACCCUCUGUUUCCGUUUGAACCUUCUGCAAAGCCCCCGCCACCUUAAUGAGGUUCUUGCUCCGAAGCUUGCAGAACUCGGAGUGGACACUUCCUCCGCUGAUUAUGAAGCCCUGCAAUUACAAUCCGAUAUGCUUGUGGCAAUGGAACCCACGACCGACCAGGAGACAUUGAUGACCAGAGCUUUGGCGGAAUCGAGAAUGGAAUUCGAAAACAGUACCUAUGGGAUGGUAGGAGCGACAGAGUCGUCUGUUAAAAUGAUGGUGAAAAGGGUCAAAGUAGAAGAUGGGGAGAAAGGAGAUUGCAUGGUUUGCUUAGAGGAACUCAGAGUUGGAUUUGAAGCAUUCCAGAUGCCAUGUUCUCAUCUCUUUCAUGGCGGUUGCAUCGAAAGAUGGUUGAAGCAGAGCCAUUAUUGCCCUAUUUGUCGGUUUGAGAUGCCCACCAAUUAG